AAGAAACGUGUUUCUAAUUGGUCAAACCAACUGUCGGUCGUUUCCACUACAUGUCAACGGUCGGAGGAAUAUGGCUGCUACCAUAACCUCUGAAGCAGAUGGAAAUAUCAAAGAAAACAGCAUGUUUUUAAAGAAAACUUUAGCCACCGUCCCGCCUCUUACUCUGAGGAUUAUUGCAGAAUGUCCUGUGACAAAAGCAAGAGCUUGUGAUCUGACUCUGCCUCACUCCAGCGUCAGCACGCCGGUUUUUAUGCCUGUUGGUACACAAGGAACCCUGAAGGGGAUCACGUCGGAUCAACUGGAGGGUCUCGGUUGUCAGAUUUGCUUGGGAAACACGUACCACCUGGGCAUGAGGCCGGGACCUGAGUUGAUAGAAAAAGCCAACGGUUUACACGGGUUCAUGAACUGGAGGAGAAAUCUUCUAACUGACAGUGGAGGAUUUCAGAUGGUGUCUCUCGUUGAACUCUCAGAGGUCACAGAGGAAGGGGUCAAAUUCAAGUCCCCAUAUGAUGGCAAAGAGAUCUUGUUGAGUCCUGAGAAGUCCAUUAGCAUACAAAACAGUCUGGGGUCAGACAUAAUGAUGCAGCUGGAUGAUGUGGUCAGCAGCACUGUGAAGGGACUGCGUGUGGAGGAAGCCAUGCAUAGAUCCAUUCGUUGGCUGGAUCGCUGUAUAGCAGCUAAUAAGCAUCCAGAUAAACAGAACCUUUUUGCCAUCAUCCAGGGAGGACUAGAUACAGAGCUGCGCAAGGCCUGUUUGGAUGAAAUGACUAAACGUGAUGUUCCUGGUUUUGCCAUUGGCGGCCUGAGUGGAGGAGAGGAAAAGGACGAUUUCUGGCGGAUGGUCACACUGAGCACUGACCAUCUGCCACGAGAAAAGCCUCGCUACCUGAUGGGUGUCGGGUAUGCCGUGGACUUGGUGGUGUGUGUCGCUUUGGGAUGCGAUAUGUUUGACUGCGUCUUCCCAACCCGCACUGCAAGGUUUGGUUCUGCCUUGGUACCUUGGGGGUCUCUUCAGGUGAAGCAGAAACAGUACGCCAAAGACUUUCAGCCUAUAGACCCUGACUGCCAGUGUCCCACCUGCAAAAGACAUAGUCGGGCCUACCUGCAUGCUUUGUUUAAGAGUGACACUGCCGCUAUGCAUCACAUCACCAUUCACAACAUUGCCUACCAGCUCACCCUGAUGCGUUCUGUGAGGCAGAGCAUCGUGGAAGGCUGCUUCCCUGAGUUCAUACGGACAUUCAUGAAGCGAAUGUUUCCAUCGCCGGAUCAGUACCCCAGCUGGGCGGUGGAGGCUUUGGCUUCUGUAAAUGUGACUUUGGAGUAGAAUUUUGAAGUUGGACUCUGAAUGGAGGGAACCAUCAAACAGACUGAUUUAUUUUAUUUUUUUUAAAAAAGAAAAACUUUAAUAACUUUUUUACAUAAGAUUGUUUUCUACUCUUUGCAUUUUUAAGGUCUUUAGAAAUACCUAAUUUCACAAUCAGCCACUGAAGGAGGAAAUUGGCUUUAAAUUAGGUUUGAAACACACGACUGUUUCUUCUGAAAUAAGCUGUUUUGGUUACCAUGGUUACAGAAGAAAUC